GAUAAUGCACGAUAAACCCAAUUACAUUACAAUUAUAGAAUAACAAUUUGCAAGACUUGGAGAUAAAUUCCUCGAGCCGGAGACACCACUGGUUCUCGGAAAUGGAUUCUCAGUCCGAACCACAAUCCAAUUACCUAAUUUUAAUUAUUAUUUAUUCAGUUUAUGGCAUAUUCAUCAUCUUAUUUUGUACCCAAAAACCACCUCUUGUUCUUGUCUAAGAUUCAAAAGUGUAUUCCAAAAUCGUGGAAAAAACCCAGCAACAACAAACCCUUUCACAAACCACUUAUUAAUUCAUCAUCAUCUAUGAUUCCUCUUCUUAUUGCAUCCCUCAAUGAUUUCGUCACACACGGCCACUUAUCAAAUGCAUUCAAAACCUUCUUCCACAUUCAACAACACUCUAAUCAUUCUCCUUCUUCUUUCAAUCUUCUCUUUGACCCCAUUAGACUUCUUCUACUCUCUUGCACCAAGCUCAACUCUCUCCCACAGGGUAAGCAACUUCAUGCCUAUAUGUUCUUGUUAGGUAUUCAUCAAAAUCAUGUAUUGGUUUCAAAGCUUCUUCAAUUUUAUGCUAAUUUCAAUCUCAUUGCUGAUGCUCAAACUGUCGUUGAGGAUUCCAAUAGUUUCUUCCCUUUGCAUUGGAAUAUGGUUAUGUCUUUGUAUGUUAAAAAUAGUCUCUUCCACGAAGCUCUUUCUGUUUAUAACAUAAUGUUGAGUAGGCAUGUUGAACCAGAUGAUUUUACUUAUCCAUGUAUUCUCAAGGCUUGUGGGGAAUUGUUAGAUGAAACUAAUGGUGUUAAGGUUCAUAAGUUGAUUGAAGCUAGUUCUGUUAACUGUUUGUAUGUUCAUAAUGCGUUGGUGUCUAUGUAUGGUAGGUUUGGAAAGCUAGAUGUUGCUCGCCAUUUGUUUGAUAAUUUGGCUGUUAGAAACAAUGUUUCUUGGUACAUUAUAAUUAGUUGUUAUGCCUCUAGGGGUAUGUGGGAGGAAGCGUUUCGGCUAUUUGGAAGGAUGCAAGAGGAGGGUGUUGAAAUGAAUAUAAUUAUAUGGAAUACCAUUGCUGGAGGGUGCUUGCGUUCUGCCAAUUUCAAGGGGGCACUUAAGAUGCUUUCUCAGACGAGAACGUUGAUUCGUUUUGACUCUGUUGCAAUGGUUAUUGGAUUAAAUGCGUGUUCCCACAUUGGAGCCCUUAAAUUGGGAAAGGAGAUUCAUGGUCAUGCCGUAAGGACUUGCUUUGAUGUGUUUGAUAACGUGAAAAAUGCGUUGAUUACAAUGUAUUCCAGGUGUCGAGACCUCAGUCAUGCAUAUGUGUUGUUUCGGAAAAUGGAAGAGAAAGGUUUAAUCACAUGGAAUGCCAUGCUUUCUGGAUAUGCUCACAUGGAUCGAGCUGAGGAAGUCUCCUUCCUUUUUAGAGAAAUGCUACAUGAGCGCGUUGAGCCUAAUUUUGUCACUAUUGCGAGUGUUCUUCCACUUUGCGCUCGAAUAGCAAAUCUACAACAUGGUAAAGAGUUUCAUUGCUACAUGAUGAAGCGCAAAGAACGGUUUAGUGACCAUUUAUUAUUGUGGAACACCCUGAUAGAUAUGUAUUCAAGGUCUGGCAAAGUUUUAGAGGCCAGGAAAGUGUUUGAUUCAUUAAGUAGGAGAGAUGGAGUCACCUAUACUUCCAUGAUUUUUGGAUAUGGUAUGAGGGGAGAUGGAGAAACUGCUCUAAAACUAUUUGAAGAGAUGUGCAGGUUUGAUAUUAAACCGGAUCAUGUAACGAUGGUUGCAGUUCUCACAGCUUGUAGUCAUUCUGGCCUUAUAGCACAUGGGCUAUUACUCUUUAAAAAGAUGGUAGAAGUUUAUGGAAUGAAUCCCCAGAUUGAACAUUAUUCCUGCAUGGUUGAUCUCUUUGGAAGGGCUGGUCUUCUUAACAAAGCAAAGGAGGUUAUCACAGGAAUGCCAUACAAGCCUACUACAGCAAUGUGGGUCACUCUUAUAGGAGCUUGUCGAAUCCAUGGAAAUACAGUGAUGGGAGAAUGGGCUGCAGGAGAGUUGCUGAAAAUGAAACCUAAUCAUUCAGGUUAUUAUGUGUUGAUUGCAAAUAUGUAUGCAGCUGCUGGUUGUUGGAGCAAACUAGCAAAAGUGAGGAUUUGUAUGAGGGAUUUAGGUGUGAGAAAGGCUCCUGGUUGUGCUUGGGUUGAUGUUGGCAGUGAGUUUUCUUCCUUUUUAGUAGGGGACACUUCCAACUCUCAUUCAGGUGAGAUUUACCCCCUGAUGAAUGGGUUGAAUGAACUCAAGAAGGAUGCUGGUUAUGUACCUAGCGAAGGGUUUGUCACAUCUGAAGAAGAUUUUGAGUAGAUGGAUAUAGUCUUAGGUGCAAGAACCCCAAAAGCAGAAGCAUAUUCAAACAAUUCCAAAGAAGCAUAUACCUCGUGUCAUUUUUCUCCAUUUACUAUAGUCAAUUAUAGCUAAAGAUAAUCAACGUGGGAGCUCUCUGAUUACUACUUCACUUCUGGUAUAAGCAUUUCUAGAAGCUUGUCUUCCGUACUGUUGGAUCCUCUGGAGCAGAUAUAAGAAACCUUGUCAGUGAAGCAGCAAUAAUGUCGAUAGGUGUAUGGUGCAUAGACCGUUAUAGAUAUAAAAUCGGUUUGGGUGCACAUGAAGCUGGUAAUAUUGUGCUUGCACACUUAUUUCGUUGGUUUGACCGGCAUGCAUUUUCACAGCUCCUGCACGAUGAGAAGAUAUGAUACGAUAUCUAGUCACAUGAAUACACAAAAUAAUAUUUUAAUUACUGUUAUUAUGGCUUCGUCUGAACUUUUGUUCGACUUAAGCAUGAAACUGCAAUAUCUGUUUCUUCCUCUUUCAAUCAAAAUAAUGAUAAAUGGAGGAGAAAGAAAAAGGUAUUUCUUGAAGAGGCUUUGCACCUAUGACUAAUAAAGAGAAAAUCUCUUUUAAAUUGAAGAACCAACCUGGCAUAAGGAUUAUAGCUCACCCAGUUAGAGCAGAUGGAGAUUCUCGGAUGGGAAAAGCGGUACUCAAUAUCUAUUCCAUUAAACAACACCAAGAACAAAGCCACACCAUGCCCUCGGGAUAAACUAGUGAUGAUUACCACAAAUGCUGUCCUCAAGAAUGAGUAGAAGGUCUUUGCCAAUUCCUAUCAAGAUGGUGCACCUCUAAGUAGAGGGGCGUGAAAACGCUGUGGAGUCUGACCGAAUGAAUAGGUAUCAAUUGAUAGACAUUUUUGAUUGAGGAAGAGAGUCCAGGAUGAACACUUUUUCCGUUUGCCAUGUGCUGACUGGAUGCUCAAAUUGAUUGUUCAAUGGACUGGGGAAUUGCAUAAAUGACGAGACCGGCCUAACCAAAAGUCAAGACUCUUCCCUCUCUUGUUUGUGAAUCUUGAUUGACUGACAGAUGAAACCGAUUCGGAGCAACAAGAAGCAUGGCGUGAGAUACACGGCAGCAAUGUGACAUGUUGUAUUUGGUGAUGAUAUUACUGAUGAAGGUAGGAAGAGAUAAUCUAUAAAAGAUAUCAGGUAGAUAUAUUUAUAUCAUUUUAAGAAAUGUUUGUUUUCUCAAGGGAAUGAUAGAUAUUGCAGAUGUUGUUAUUGUGGGCUGAGUUUAAGAUAUUCCUUUAGGUUAAAGAAUAAAGGGAGUUGAAAUUAGUUAGGGUUAAUUGGAGUAAUUAGUUUGUCAGUUUGUUAAUAAGAGUGGAUUGAUUAGAUAGAUAAAUAGGCAAUGUAACAUUUGAUAUUGGGACUAUAUCUAACAAACAACCGCCUAAAUCAAUUUUACGAUACACGAUUUUCUCUCUUUA